UGGACCUGAGGGGAAUUUCUGCUUUAUUAUGAUGAAUCUCGUCCUCCGUGUCCGUGGGUGGGUGGGUACCAUUUCACUCAGGACUCAGACCUGUGCGGAAAUCUUUCUGUGGAAACAUGAACCCAGAAAAUUAACCAAUCUGUGGUAUUUUUUCACUAUAAGAUCGACAAAGUUUAAUGUGACCUGAGAGAUUAGGAUAUAGUUUUCCACGUUAUUAUUACCGUGAAUUUGUGAAGCGACACUGUAACUGUUUGGGCCGUAAACUUGUUUAUUUACAGUAAACCGUAGUGAGGGUUUGUUAGUAACCGAUGUCGUCAACAAAAGCGACUAAAAGAAGUGAGGGUGGGACUCUAACUUCAUCAUAGCUGGAGGGUGAGGCUCGGUAAGGACCAUAUUUAACCUGCCUGCUGCCCGGAUGAAGCAACAGCGUCAAGGUAGAACAGGAAGGAUCCACUUCCUGUGUGGCAUUUCAGAAUAAAAGCUCUCAUCGUUAAAAAACUUAAAAGGCGUUGGGUCAUAGUCUAUCAAAGAAAGAGGUAAUCAUGAUUAAUUAGUUUUAGUUUUGUAAAAUGUAUUUUUCUUGAUUCAAUUUUGUCUGGAAGGAAAAAAAAGUUUUAGACUAAAAAAAUGGAAGAUUAGAGAUACUAUCACGAGAGUUUUAGUUUGAUAUUUACUGUUUUUAUUUAUAUUUCACAGCUUUCUUUAGUUACAUUGAUGAAAAUUUAGAAAAUACAUAUCUGAUGGCAAAAUACAAAAUCUGUGUAAGAUACAAGAUUAAUAUUUUUAUAAUCAAAAUCCUCAAAUUGUUUGGAUUUGCAGCGAUUCUCUGCAUUGUGUUACUGCCUUAAUCUUAAUGUGCUGUUUCCUUCUUUGAUUCUAAAUUUUAUUUUCUUUUAUUGUUUUUUGAUUGGGUACAUGAUGGUUUUCAGGUUUUAAGAUUAUAUAACUUGAUCAUUUAUUGCUAUAAUAAUAUAUCAAACCUUGACUGAUAUUUUUCUUAAUCCUGCCACCGCCACCUGUUGUGAUUUACUGAUGUUUUUUACUUUGUUGCUGCAGCGUCUUAUUCAAUGUCUAGUUAAAUUUGCCUCUAAAUUUUGCUAUUUUUAAAUGUCCAAAUCAGAACCAGAAAUACUUUAAUCAUCUCCAGAGGGAAAUUGCUUUUUGUUACAGUAACUUUAGUGCAAAUAAAGUGGAAAGAGGAGAUAAAUAAUAGAUAAAUUAAGUAGAUAAAUUAAAGAGAUAAUUAAAAUAUGCAAUAUGAAUGCAGUGUUACAAUAUACAAGUAUGUACACUAUAUACAAGACAAAAUAGUGAAAUAAAUAUGAAUAAUGAAUAUGGUUUUGCUGUUGCUCUAGAUUAAAUUUCCUCAAGUUUAACCUCCUAAAUCUAUUAAUAUUUAACUCUUUAAAAGUUAAGUAAAUUUCGCAUGAAUUAGAGAUGGUUGGUCACAGGUUUUAAAACUUAAAAACAGACCAUUAGAAAUAAACUUGAAUGGUGCUUUUAUUGUGAAGUUGUGACUGCCUCACUUCCUGUCUGUUCCUGUUCCUCCUCUGUUAACUUGGAUCCUGAUGCGGUGAUUCAUUCAGAUGAGUGUGUGUCCCCUCUCGGUCCGGGUUUAAGUAACAGCGCCUCAGACUCUCAAACUCGUUUCUCUUCUUUCAGUCUCUUCAGGAAAGUUCAGAGAGAAGAAGAUCAGACUCACACAUCUCCUCUUUUACUCACACUCUUCUUCUUCUUCUACUCCUCGCACAGAGCAAGGACAAGGACAGAAAAAUGCCCAAAGCGGUAAGUUACAGUUUAUUACAGACAUUUUCUUUGACCUCUGGGUGUUUUAGACUGUGACAGGUUAAUCUGUUUAGUCUGUUUCCUCACAUUAAUGUUAUUUUUGGUUUAAUUCUCAUAUGGAGGUGAAGUCAGCUGUCUGUUGGUGGUGUUUGCUUUAAGAGGAAAUAGAAUAGAGUGUCAGUCAUUGAGUGAACAUACAGCAGAUCUGUUGUGUCUGAGAGGUGAUAAUUUAUGUUUGGCAGAAAACGGUGUGAUUUUGUCUGAAGGGAUAAAAUCUCUAACAGACAGAGAGAGUUUCCUGACAGACCACUAAACCAGGACUCCUGACACUAAAGGGUUUAAAGUGAACCAGAACACCAGAGUGGACUGAACCAGAACCAGGAGGAGACGGUUGAACCCUGAACUGAGUAUUUCUCAGCAGAUGAGUGUGUCGCUAAAAUCACAUGCUCUCAUGUCCUGGGGGUGUCUCAUAUGUUCCAGUGUCAUUUCUAUGUUCAGUUUGGUUCACAGUCACAGGAUCCUCAUCUCUGAGAUCAUCCUGCUCCAGGUUCUGACUCAGAAACGAUCCUGUUUAUCUGGGAUGAGUACAGGUUUCUCUCAGUCUUAAAUUUGGGGGUGCGUCCCUCCUAACCCCGGGCUUCAGUCGGUACUUUGGUACCAAAUUAUAAAGCAGUGAAGUAAAGAAGAAGAAAAAGACUAAAUCCUCGUCAUAAUCUAAUCAAAGUGUCUGACAUAUGAACAAGUUUUAGUCCUCAAUUACUCCUGCCUCCCUUUGCCACACCCCAGCUAUUACAUACUGUACAUUUGCACAUGGCACAUGUCCCUCCCGUUCCUCCCAUGUUGGAAAUUUCUGGCGUUGCAGUCUGUGUUUUUACACCUGCAGAGGAAAAGAGAGCAGGAAUGAGUUAGUUAUUCAUGGAAAUCAGUGAUAAAGCUGUUUCUAUCUCUGAGUUUGACCCAAAGAAGUAGACAGGAUGUCCAGAAAUGUUCAUGUAUGUUGAUUUUAAAUGAUUAAAAGUGACACAAACGGACCUGAGAGUUCAGAGAUCUGGAUCCCUCCUCAGAUCCAGGCUGACAGGUUGUGGUGAAACAGAGCGGCUGUGUGCUCUGACUAAAGCUCCGGUCAGUGUCAUAAAAUGUGUUUGUCUGUUUGUUUGGAGCGGCCACAUGGUUGUCAUGAGCGUCGCCGUGGAAAUGACAUCAUUACUGUGUGAUAGCAGCGGCACACAGAGUCCAGUCAGACGACGGUCCAGACGCCACAGAACCGAGUUUUAGAGGAUGAUGUCGGACUGUUGAAAUCAGGAUUUGAUGUCUGAGUUAACGAGUUAAUGACGGUUCUAACCAUGAUCAUUUUUACAGUGAAGCAGCAGAAUCAGUCAGAAGUCUGGGUUUUUUUUUAAUGCUGACUCGACCAGAAAACUCCCCACACUCAUAUGAAUCCUUCAGAGACAGAGUUUCACUUUCAGCAGUAAAGAGAUAUUCAAAUAAGAGUUUCAUAAAUUAUAUUUAUAGUUUAAUGUCCAAACUUACCAUCGAAACAGACACAUGUGUAACUCAGGGAUAUAACUGAUGAGUGUUUCUUAUACACCAAAUAAUGGCCUUUGUCAUUUUUUGAUAAUGCUGGCCAGCUCUGGUAAAAUCACCUAAAUCCUAAGUUAAAAGGAUCAUGGCAUGAUCCUCAUUUUUUGAUGAAAAAGUCAUUUUUUAAAGAAAAACUCAUUGUGGUCAAAAAGCGACUUAGGCCAUUAUUUUGAUAGGGUGACACGUUGUUUGUCUCCAGUUGAUCAUAAAAGCCUCCAAACUGAAACAGAUUUUUAUCUUUUCGACUCGAACAGAAAAGUUUUGGUUUCUGUUUGAAGAGGAUUUAGUUGAAUUCCUGUAAACCUUAAAUAAACUCUAAAAAAAAGCAGCAGCUCUUUAUAGAUAAAACUAAUUAUCAUGUUUAUAUACUGAUGUUUACUCCAGCACACGUCUGGCCGUCCGCCUCUCUCUGGUUCUGGUCAAAUUCCCCCUCCUGAGUUUUUUUUCUUGCUCUAAACCUGAAGGUUAAAAACUCGUCAUGAAGAGUUUCAGGAUUUGAUUGAAACGGUCUGAACAGAGAGGAGCUCUGGACCCGGUCCAAGCAGCAGUGACAGUCUUGUAUCGGCACUCGAGUGACUCAUGUUUCACAUAUCUGAAUGACACAUUGUCAGAGGUAAACGAUAGUCCUCCUCGGACUCUCCCAGAAUCCUGUUCCCUCGCCGUCACAGCCCAGUGACACAAACGUAAAUGUAAGGCGUGGCCUCGAUCAACAUGGAUGGGUGUGUCCUCUUCAGGUCCAGUCCUUUUGUUCUUUUAAAUAAUCCAUUACUCAAUCCUGGAACGCCCACGAGGACUGAUUCAUAAUCCAGAAACUGUCUCAGUCACCUGUCUUUAUUGUUGAGAGAGUCCAGAACUUUCUCAGACUCAUGGUCGGACAGCGGCGGUGAAAAACCGUGAUUGUCCAGUGAGAAAAGAGACUCUUGUAAAAGUCCUUUCAGAGUUUCCCCGCCGAGCUGACGACCACCUCGUUUCUUCUUCACCCUGACCCUGAACAGCUCCUUGACCUCUGCACUGAGGCGUCUGAAUGGAGUUUAUGAUUAUAUGGAGCAGGGUGAGGCGGGGCGGCGAGUACUUAAACUUUAGUGUUUGUAGAUGUUUGAGAUUCCUGAGUAAUGGUUUGAUUGAUCAAUUCACAGGAUGGUACGUCAAUCUAUCAAUCAAUUAAUCCUUUUUUUUUCUAUAGCGCUGAAUCACAACAAUCCUGAUCUCUCACAUAAAUCACUGAGUGAACUUUAAAGUCGACUGUUGAUGAGUUUUUUGUGCUCAAAUCUCCUCGCUGAGAUCUUGACGGUUUUUGAAGGUCAGCAAUGAGCAGUUUCCGUGCAGACGUGAAGCUCCAUCUGUACAACAAGUGACUGACUGAUUACAGUUUUUUAAUGGCUGAUACCGAUAAUAAUAACAGGCCGAUAAAUCAACAAUAAAGUAAAUAAACGAAAAAAAAAGACAUUUAGUGAAAGAUUUUACCAUGAGGGACGUUUGGGUUGAAGAAACAUCAGAGCAGAGUUUCUAUGGAAACAGGAUCAGCUGUUUUCCUGUUUUAGAUCAGAGCUGCUGUUCUUUAUCGGACAGAUAACUGUGAUAUCGGCUCUGUGAUGACAUUAAGAUGUCAUUAGUGACUGUUGAAGGAUCAUUCUGGAAGUUCUGGUGAAAACUCUGAGUGAGUGAGAUCUCCUGAAGCUCGCAGGGUUGAGUCACUUGUGACUGAGAUGACGGUUGCAGCUGCGGUUUUUUACUCGCUCAGUCUGAGCGUCUGAACUUUCCUCUGACUGAAGUCGCUCGUUGUGGAACUUUGGGUCUCUGCCUGAUUUAUUUUUAGCACAUGUGUGUGUGUGUGUGUCAUGUUUUCUUUCCUGUGAACGGCUCAGUUUAUUGUGAGUUACCGUUGAAGGAUCAGAUAUCACUCUCUCGGCUCGACACAUUCAUUUAUUCCAGUCUGUGUUUUAGUUUCUGUAGCUCUAAAUAGACUCUGAAGGAUCCAGGAGGACUUUCAGGAACAGAGGAUCUCAUCUCUGAUCACCUGUUUUUCUGUUUUUUGGUCGUUUGGCUUCACGAGAAUGUGGAUGAUGAUAGCGAGGGGCUGCCGGGGCUCUGCAGCUGAAAGGGGAUCUUUGUUUGACUGUGUAGAGUUAAUACAGUGUUCCCCUCCUCCUCCUCCUCCUCCUCCUCCUUCCUCUCUUGAUUUUAGCUCUGACUUGAGGCUGCUGUAAGUUUUCUUGUUUGUUUAGAAACUUUGAAAUUGUUUGCACAUGUGGGAUUGUGGGACAGAGCUGCAAACCUGAUCCCCGAGUGCUGCACUGGUUUUUGAGAAGCCCCCCCACCCACUGACUCACAGAUUAAGUCCACUGGUCGUAGUAAAGACUUGGUUAAAAAGGAGCAUCAUCCUUGAAUAUCCACCGUCUAGACUGGUGGCUUCUGACAACAUCCUGGACGGCGCAGCAGUGAGGCGCUCUCUGUGCAGCGCUGUGAUUGGAUUUGUCUCCCCUGUGGUCUUAAAGCCUGUAAGUCAGUCCGUUUGUUCGCCGGCGGCUCAGCGGUGUAUCCUCAGAGGGACAGUCUGAGUCACCAGAUCAUCUCUGCUGCAUCCAGACGUCCUUUUCCAGAGUUCGUUCACCGCUGAGCCUCUCAGCACGGAUGACAAAAGGCCGGAGAUGACAGAUGUGUCGCUCUCUCAUCCCUCGGCGUCCUCUCACCUCUUUGUGUCCUUUUCAUUAAGCUCUAAUAUGUUUGGUCAACACUCAGAGAGGCGGGGCCUUUCCGUAACCCCCGCAAAUACUCGGGACCUCUGACAUCAUCGUGGCCCACGGACAGGAAGGUCAUCUGUGUGCGUUCCCUCAGAGCAGCUAUUGUAGAUGUUUGUGAAAUUCAUUUACUGAUGAUGAUGAUCCAGAUGAACAACACGGAUGAUUGUUUCUCUCCAUUGUGGGCGCAGACCGGGCUGACGUCAGCGCUCAUUAUUUGUCUUGUGAAGGUUUAGAAAUGGCAGGUUGAUCAUCAGCGGGGUGGAUCCCUGUAAGAGGACGUAUUCUUCUCUGAUUAUAAAGCAGGUUUCGCUCAGAUGGACCACCUCUGUUUGUACACACAGGCAAGUCUGAUCAAUCAUUAACCCAGGCGCUCAAAGACAUGCCCUUUUUUCUGAGAACGGGAGUGAAAACAGGCCCGUGUUGACCUGACUGUGUUCAGGUAGAGGAUCCAGACCGUCGGCCUCGGUCUCCUCUGUGCAGCCGACGUGAGCGAAGAUCUGUGUCCUUCUGAAAAUAAGUUCUUCCUGAGUUUGAAUCAGGACUGUGAGCUCUGAGGGAGCAGAGAUAGACACAUGACCCCGUGUGUUUACUCUGCAAAUACGCCCCCUAACCAAAACACACACUCACACACACACACACACACACACUAAAGCAGUGCUCUGCAAUCUCACUUCACCUAUGAGAAACCUCUCUGUUUUUCUGUUUGACUGGGUCAGACUCUGACCGCCUGUUUUUUCCCCUCUCUCUCUCUCUGCAGGUCAAUGUUCGCGUCACCACCAUGGACGCUGAGCUGGAGUUCGCCAUCCAGCCCAGCACCACCGGCAAGCAGCUGUUUGACCAGGUACAGUUCACAACGCCUUAUCAAUGAAUGAAGAGAAGAUGAUUGACAAGUGGAAAUCAUCUCUCUGAAUAUUUUUACUGUGAAGAAUCGAUCAGUGGAAGUUUUAACAGAAAAACAUUCAAGAAGUUUCAACUUCCUGUCCGUUUAAAGACAGUUUCUCUGAGGACUGGACGAUAAAACGAUAAUGAUAUAUAUCGAAAAUUAAUUUCCCUCAAUAUUGAUAUAAAACAUGGUCAAUAUGCUUUUCGAUAGUUGGCGUUCUGCCGUGUUUUGGUCGACUAUACGAACAGCCAAUGAAAAGGGGAGUUUCUCCGCUCUGAACCAAUCAUGUUCUGAAUUAGAACCAAGUAUCAACCAACUGCAAAGUCGUAGCAGACAGCAGCUCCACCCAACCAUAGCACUUUAACAGGUGAAGCCGACAGCACUGUUGGUGAGAAACAAAGAAAAUGAGUGCUACCCCCGACAGAAAUGACCAUGAAGGCUCAACAGAUGACCACAUCAAUGUCAACCACAACACUGGCGUUAGGAAAACGUCGGUGGUGUGGAGGUAUUUUGGUUUUUGGAGGUCGGACAUGAAGCAGAGUAAUGUGGACUGUAAAUUAUGUCGAGUACAUGUUCUCACAAAGUCGGGGAAUACCUCAAAUCUUUUUCACCACCUGAAGCGGCGCCACGCCGCAGAGCACGCGCAACGCAAAAGGUUACAAACCCCGAGAGGAGCGAGGAGCUGAAACAGACGACCAUUCAGUCGGCUUUCUCUAGAGCGACGCCUUACGACAAAACGUCAAAGAGACACAAAGACCUCACAGAUGCAGGAGAUUAUUGUGUUGGAAAAGACAUAAGACCAAUAAACACUGUUAGAUUUUUAUAUCCUGAUAUUGAUCGAUAUCAGCUGAUAUGAAAAUAAUACAUCGUGAUAAUCUUUCUCCAUAUCGCCCAGCCCUAUUCGAACCCUAACUCUUCAGUAGGUGGUAUAACAGAGUUAAUUUGACCGAUGAUGAGAAACUUUUCACUAACUUCUAAAACCCUCGUUAUCUUCAUCAUCAGCUGACCAGUGUCCGUCCUCAUUAUCAGUCCCCUAAAGGUCCCCCAAAGUCUCUGGUCCAGGUCUGAAAAGGUCUGCUGCAGACCAGAUUACAGGUUCUCUGAGAGUCCUGUAUCAGCAUCUGUCUCCCUGACGAGAUCCAGACUCUAGAUUGAUUAUAAACGAGCUGAGAAGUUUCAGAAACACCUGAGUGGGUGUGUGUGUGUGAGGAGGUUACACAGAGAGUGUGUGUGUGUAUGUGUGUGUGUGUGUGUGUGUGUGUGUGUGUGCUCAGAGGUAAAGGUGCGGCUGCCUUAAUGCAAACAGACAGAUUCCUCUCAUGGUUAUCUGCUGAUAUGAUUGUCUCCUCUGAUCCUGAUGUCACGGCUCUGUCUGGUUACCCGGUCUGAAGAUGACCCACAUUGACUCCUGGAUCUGUGGGAUCCCUCAGGGUCACUUAAGAUCGUCUCAGGAGCUUCAGCUGACCGUUAAAUCUCUUCUUCUGGGCUCGUCUAUCAAACAGCUGAUGUGGUGAUGUAAUAAGUGGGAGCAUGGCGUGAUGAGGUCAUCGUUUAAAUGAGCUCCUGUUAUAAAAAGACGCCAUUGUGAAGCUCGGUCUGCGAACUCUGAAUGUAGCUGACGGUUCAUUCGCUCCUCUGAGGCAGCAGGAGGAAAGGCAUUGUUUUAGCCACUUCCUGUAGAACUCGUUUUUCAACGGCAAGUGUGUGUGUGUGUGUGUGUGUGUCAGUGUGUGUGUGUGUGUGUGUGUGUGUGUGUGUGUGUGUGUGUGUGUGUGUGUGUGGGUGCACGUCAGGGGAUUCACCCUUCAUGUCAGGGAACAUUUGAGUCACAAAACUUUUUUUCGUUGUUGAAAAGAAAGUUUGUUGUCAUGGUAACGGUGAGACGAUUUCUCUGUGUUAGCGAGGCUCGGUCUGGUCUGGAGUCAGAGAGGGUCCAGGACUCUGAUUUAGAGACUUCAGUGAGGGUCUUUACGAGCAGCUGGGGGUCUUCACAGGGUUAGAAACGAGGUCUUCAGCUCCUCCUUCAGAGUCUUCAGCAGCAGCAGCAGCUUCUGUGGAAACGCUGACUAACAGACUCUGAGCUCAUUUCCGAGGCGAGCGUGAGGCCCUGGUGUGUCCCGUGUGGUCAGCCCUGAUCAUAGCCCUUCACGCGGCUCUGAGAGAAAACUCCUGCCACUCCCCGUCACGCCCUCCAACAGUUUCACUUCCAUGUGACGGACGGCUGCUCUCUGAAAAGCUGCUCCAGGAGGAGGAUCUGAGCUGAACAGCUGACAAUCACAGAAACAUUUCUAACAGCUCAGCAAUGUCUUGAACCGGGUCCAAAUAGUCCGUCUGACAGGUGUCAAGAUAUGAAACUGGUCCACUUACACACCCAGAGCCACAGUCAGGAGGGUUUCAGCGUUUUAACGGCGUCUCCUCACACUGUGUGGUCUCGCAGUAAUUCCCCUCCGCUCCCCCACACCACCACCAUGAACACCUCCAUCUUUGUCCUGGUCCCUGUUUGGGGCCCGCCUGGUCAGACCCCUCCUCCUCUUCCUCAGAGGGGAUGCAGUAAUGUGUCAUGCUGUUUCAGCCCUGUGGCAUUCCUCUCUCUCACCGCAGGGCCCGAUCGCCCGUAAACCAGCCUCACAGACUUUCACUCUCAGUCAGGUCGCUGUAACGCGAGACCGUCUGCACGCUCGAGUCACGCUCAGCGUCUGCUCCUCUGACAUCAAACCAGGCUGAGGAGGGCGAUGAUGACGGCGGCGUGGAGAAACUUUGACCUCUCUGCGAAUGUUUGACUGAGCUAACAGCUUUUUAAUAAUUGUCAAAACGAGCAGAUGUGUGUCUGCAGCAGCUUGUAAAAAGAGUUUUGGCCGAAGAUCUCAAAAAUAUCAGAGGAUAGUUUUUCCUUUCCGAGCGUUUAGAUCACAUCAUCAGCAAAGCGCUGAGCUCAGCUACUCUGGAAACGACCUUAAAUGGUUGAAAACUCUCAAGUCUGCGUCACACGACACCUCUGAACUGAGUCAGGUUUAUUUGGACGCUUUUCUCUCACUUAGAGGAUUCUUGCGCCUCUUUUGUGGAGUUUACCUGACAGAUCACAGUCAGAUUUAAUCCUCCUUUAAUGAACCGUUUUAUUUUCAGCAGCUUUUAAUGAUCAUGUUGCAGAUGGAGUUGGUCUUUCAGUCAGCUGAAGUAGAUUUUUGGAUGUUUGUAGCAGCAGGUUAUGAAAAUAUCUGCCCGCUCUGUUUGCUGCUUCUCUGCAAAGAAAAAAAGGAAACGCCGUCAUGAAAGAGGUGAUUGUUUUCUGACUUUCGCUCCAGGUUAGACGCCGCCUGACCACUUCUCUCGUUUCAGGCCCCUCUUUCUCUCGCUGCAGACACAGUCCAUCAGAGAACCUCUCUGAAUCACAGCAGUCCGCUCGUGCUGUCCCGUGUUUUUUCUCGUCCACUCAGAGACGUUUCUGGGAGUUUAUUCAGAUUUGUCUCUCACCUGGAGACUGGGCGGGGAGUCUGGCAGCGAUGCGUUAAGAAAGGACCCGUCUCUGGGACAGUCUCACUGAAGUUUGCACACAUGCACAAAAACAGCAUGAACUCCAUCCUGCACAGAGCUGGUGGAAAACGACUCUCUGAGGACCGUUAAGAGCCGGGGAGGUGGACUUUUCUGUCCUGCCAGGAGUCAGUGGAAAAAUUAAAACUGCAUUUCCACUUUCUGCUCCUGCUGAGUAAAAAAAAGUGAAUCAAACGGUUGAUGUAAAACUUGUUUCCAGAGCGUCUGAAAUUAAAGUCAGGCUGUAACCGUGACUGAUGUGAAUAUUUCAGCAGAAAGUGACAGAUUAAUAAACCGCAGCAGACUAUGACCCUCUCUGCCCGCUGGAGCGUUCCCGCUCUGUUCCUGCAGCCGGAGACAGGAUGCUGGUCGUGCAGCACGCCCUGGUUCUCCUGUAUCACUCCCCCUCACCGCUCAGACAAUAGGACCACUCUGUGAAAGAGCGGUUCUGCUGUGCUCAGACGUAUCGAAGCAGACAGACAGAUGUGAGCGGAGAGACUUUGGAGAAAACACUCUGAAUCAGACCUGAUCACAGAGACCUGAUGUUCUCGGUCGGUCCUGGCAGGAGUUCGAUAGUUCAGGAGCUCCUCUCACCUGUUAAUGUGUAAGACUAUAAGGAGAUUAAUCUGGUACCUGAGUGUGCCACCUUCAGGUGAGACACUCAAACCUCUGCCAGUUCCUUCAGAGCCUCUAAAUGUGUUUGUCCUGCAGGAGGAAACCCGACUGUGAUUUUGGGAAACGAUGAUAUCAUGAAUGUUUCCAGUGUGAGCGUCUGAACCUUCGUUUUUAUCAUCAUCUGAUUCCUGGAUUUAUCAGACGAGCAGGUUUUUAGUCAUGUAGUCUCAGUCAAUCAAUCAAAUCUUAUUUAUAAAGCGCCAGUUCACAACAGUCGUCAUCCCAAGACACUUUCCACAGAAAAAGAGCAGGUCUAGACCACGCUCAUUGUGAGUCUGUUCGUCUGAACUCUUCUCUCUGUUUAACACUUCCACUGAAAACAGACGAGCCCGUUCUGAGAAAAUCCGGUUUGUCACCGCGUUCAGUCCAUGAAGAAGAAGACGGAGAAUAAGAUGAACCAGAUUAGCAGCUGCAGGAGUUCAUCUUUAGGUCCAAGUUUCUACGUUUGAGCUCAGAGAGUCGUGAUUUUAACCGUUAAGAGAAAAACUGAUUCAACUAUAAAAUAAAAGUAAAAACUUUAUUCAGUUUUAUUGUGUUUUAAAGCUUCUUUUUCUCUCCUCAGGUGGUGAAAACUAUCGGCCUACGUGAGGUCUGGUACUUUGGACUUCAGUACGUGGACAACAAAGGCUACAACACUUGGCUGAAACUGGACAAGAAGGUAAGAAACGGCCCAAAGGUUCUGGUUCUGGUUCUGGUUCAUAAUACGGACUUGACUGAGAGUCUGAGGUCAGGACAACAAGAGAAAUCAAGUUUUCAGAUAUUUCCUCUCCACUGAGUCAGAUCACCACACCUAUCACCUGCAUACCGACACAGUCCGCUCACUCUGGGUCAGAAGUUUGUCCCGACUUUUCCCUGAGGAGCUGAACUCUCCGAACAAAAGAGAGCGAGGCUGGAUUCUUUGAAAGGAGUGGGUACACAGAGCUCCAGUGUUUGCCUUCCAGUCAAUGAGUGACCACAGGAUUACAGUAGACUCUCAUACUCGUGUUCGGUAUCUGUGCAGGCCUGCAUGGAAUCAGCUGGAGGUGUGAACUCUUAGUGAACCAGAACUGCCCAGGUCCCCGUACCUUUACUAACCCUGGUUCUGAGGCGGUCACAUUGAAACUGGUCUUAUCUGUGGAGACCAAAGACCAGAGGAAUGUAACCAAGGUGGAAAAUACACUAAACCAGAGAGAUCAUAGACAACAUUUACCUAGAUUCACACCUCUGUAAAUCUGAGUAAAUGUUGUUUAAAAUAUAAAACUUAGAAUUAAAACUCAAGAAGGCUCAGAAAACUGAACUGAACUAUCAAUACAAAAGACGGUGGCAAAGAUGAAGUCAAGUUCAGCUGAGCAGGAGAAAUAAAACUCACUGAAGAGAGAGAGAGAGCGAGCGAGGGUUGUUCUGGCCUCAGUCAGCGGCGGUAAACUGGACCCUGUGCUGACGCUGCGCCGCGGCUCUUCUGCACAAAGACUCGCUCAGACUGGAAUAUUCGCGGCCCCAUUCUCUCCAUCGAGAGCGCCCGGUUCCUGUUUCGAAAUGAGAGGAAGAGAGAAAUUGUGUAAACACGUCCUGCAGGUCGACGUUAGUGAGGAGGAUAAAUGAGGGUGGAAGAUCCGUUUUUGGUAAAGACAGGUCACCAAUGAAAGAGCAGAGCCGUUUCCUUCACACUCACACCGAUCAAGUUUUAUUUAGUUUGAUAGUUUUUACCUCCAAUGAGGAAUUAUCGAAGUUUAAAGGAGGUUUAUUUUGUCUGUUUGGUUAAAAAUGUGGAUUAUUCACAGAUGUCUGCUCUCAGAUUUGAGUUUGUCGUAUUUUGUUUGUUUUUGAUGAUUUCCUCUUAAUAAAACUUCCACUGUCACAUUUAAACUGUAGAUGUAUCCCUAACAAUCAGACAGACGAGCUGUUUUCCUUCCUUAUUUCAUGCUAAUCCAGGUAGAUGUAGUCACAUAUUUACUGAAACUGGCGCUGGAGAAACAAAGAAGUCCUUUUCAUGCUCAUCUUCUUCAUUAAUUCCUCAAACGUUCCUCCUCAGGUUUCCUCUCAGGAGGUGAAGAAGGAGAACCCGCUGCAGUUCAAGUUCCGCUCCAAGUUCUUCCCGGAGGAUGUUUCCGAGGAGCUGAUCCAGGACAUCACCCAGAAGCUCUUCUUCCUGCAGGUGAAGGAGAGCAUCCUGAGCGACGAGGUCUACUGUCCACCCGAGACCGCCGUGCUGCUGGCCUCCUACUCUGUCCAGGCCAAGUUUGGAGACUACAACAAAGAGGUCCACCGGCCCGGAUACCUGCUGUCUGAGCGCCUGCUGCCGCACAGGUCAGAGUUAAAGAGUUGGUCUUUGUUGGAGAGAUUUUAUGGAGCGAUACACGGAGCUUGUUCUACUGGAACGUUGCAUAAUUAUCCACACCCUCCGAAACAAAAGAGACUGAUGAAGCUUUAGAGAGGUGUCAAAGGAGACGUUACGAGAAGUUAGGAGUUUAAAAAAGGGUUUAAAAGAUGCUAAAGAAAAGGAUUUCAGCUCUGCAGAAUAAAAUUAACAAGCACUGAUCAAACCAUCGUCCGAUUUCAUGCUUCUCACCACCUUGUCCGUCUCUGCAGAGUCCUGGAGCAGCACAAGCUUUCCAGAGAGCAGUGGGAGGAGAGGAUCCAGGUGUGGCACGAGGAGCACAACGGCAUGUUAAAGUGAGUGUGUCCUCCAGAAGAGAGAGAAUGCAUUUUAUUAAUACAUUAAAAUAACAACUUUAUUCUUCCUGUUUGCUCCUGCAGAGAGGACGCCAUGCUGGAGUACCUGAAGAUCGCUCAGGACCUGGAAAUGUACGGAGUCAACUACUUUGACAUCAAGAAUAAGAAGGGGACGGAGCUGUGGCUGGGAGUAGACGCUCUGGGACUCAACAUUUACGAGAAAGACGACAAGUAAGAGCCGUCUUUAUUUUCCUUCUCUAAGAGUCUGCAGAGAUGUGACACAGAGUGAAACUGGCUGAGCCAGGUCCACGUCUGCACGUCAUCACUGCUCCUCUGCAGACAGUAUGACAGGAAUAACAAUGAAGGCCAAAUGGAUCCGGUCUACAGGAGGAGUGUCUGAAUAUGAAGAGUUAGUUUGGAUCCCUGUCACUCUUCCUGUAACUCUCAUUCUCUGCUGCAGUGUUCAGAGUUUGAGGUUUUAGAAACCGUCGUCCAAACGUCACCGAGAAGUCGUGUCCUCUCGUAUGUUCAGCGUUCGUCGGUCUUUUGUAGAGAAGUAGGACACCUUUUGUUCACUCUCUCUCUCUGAAGUUCAAUUACUCCCCUUCGCUCUGCUGAAGGAUAAACUGCCUCUUAAAUCACAGAGAGCGAUUAUAUAUAAAACAUGAUUUCUAGAACAGUUACAGCCAAAAUCAGCUGUUUUUUCAGGUCUUUGUUUCUUUUUUUUUUCUUUGUCUCGCGCCGCGCUUCGAGGCUAACCCACUUUUCAGAACGUGUGAAAGGGUGUCACCAGAAUCCAGCCCGGCCCGGCGUUGGUGGUGAUGGCCACUUUGUUUACAGGGCAGGACAGUCUGGGAGGUAAUCACCCUCCAUUUGUCUAAAUGAGCUCUGAGACCUCCUGCGGCUGACUGCUGGCAGUGGAGAGCACUGACUGUGUCGGAGGAACGCUUUAUCCCAGGUGACUCUCCGCUCAGUCACUGACCCUGAGCUGGAAAUCCCUGCAGCUCUCUCUCUCUCUCUCUCUCUCUGCCAGGUUGAAGCUCUUCUCAUGUUAAGCUGGCUGCGCUCUCCCCGCUCUCCUCCCAGCGUCUGUCGGUCGACUUUGUCCGCCUCAGUGGAAGAAAUGAACACGGCGAGUUGAGGACAGAGUAAUGAUACAGUGCGGCUCUAAUUGAAGGUUUCCUGGCUGAUUCUUGUUCUUGAAUCAUCUCAGAGGAAAUCUAAAUAGUUGAAUAACUUUCCUGCCAUUGUGUUAGCGCUCAGACACUCUCUUAUUUGGCCUUAUUUUAUCGUAAAAGUGGCACAAAAGCUCGGACAAAAGAGGGCAACACAAUGUGAAAGCACAAACUGUGUCCUUGUGUGAGUCUGUCUCUUUAUGUGCUCCCUGGGAUCAGCAGAGAAAUGCCUCUCCUCCUCCUCCUCCUCCUCGGUGCCCUCUGCUGUAACCAUGGCUACACCGACUGGUUUUUCAAGCUGUGCGGCACUUAAGAAUGCGAGGCUAACCUACAGUGCUGUGUCUCCAAUGAGGGCAGCCGGCCCACAAUGCAGCAGUGCAGCCAGAGGCUUUGCUGAGGCUCUGUCUGGUGCUGCUUUAACUCCUUGUGACCUGAAACUCUGUGGAAAAUUAAAAACAAACAGAUUUUUGGAGUUGAGUUUUAGACGAAAGGUCAUCCAGGCAGCCGUCGCAGGAAAACACAGGGGUGCCAGUUAGGGAUCGCAUCCAACUAUUUAACCUUUUAUUCACACAAAAAAGAUUGGAUUUAAUUUAGAUAAAACAGAUUUUGAUGGUUUGUAAAUAAAUGAGUGCAAAGAUAACACACUGAAUGUAAAAACUGAAUAACAGUUUGAAUAAAACAGGACUGCAGGCAGGUCUGUUAAUAAACGGAUGAAAAUAAACAUGUUUUUGAGAGACCAGUGAAGUCCUGAAAUAAGUCAGACUGCAGCAGUUUUAGGUCAUAUUUUAAUAAAACUUUUACCUGAGCUGCAGAUACAGAAACCUCAGGAAUCAUUACAGUUAAACUCUGAUAUUAAUCACAUGUUUACAGAAUGAAAUACAGAAUCAUUUUUGGGGAUCGUAGUUCUCGUUUGUGUCUCUGUAAACUCUCAGUAAAAUGAUGUACGCUGCAUGAUGGCACUGGUAUCUUCUCCAGGCGUGGAUCCAUUGAUAGAGCUCGACUCAAUAACUCGGCGCGCUCUGAUAGAAAUAUUUGGCCUCUGAGAUAACUUCCACAUUGUUUCCUAAUUCCUCCGGCGUGUGUCAGGGUCAGUCAGAGAAAUUCCAGUUCAGGCGGUACGGCUCCACAGCACAGUUUCACCUUUCUAGAUUACGCCAGUGUUUACAGCGCUACUCUGUAUUUCGCUGAAUGUGACUGGCAUCCGUUCACUCUGUCUGGCACAGCGAAGCGUGGAGCCACACCCCAGAUUCAUCCAAGUUCAAGUUCACAGGCGAUGAGUCGGCGGUUCUGCAGAAGGCUAUGAUGCAACUUCCUUUAAGUUAAAUCAGCUACGCCCAAAAAUGCUAACCCAUUAACCUUAGUGUAGUCAGGUUUGAUAUGAAGAAGUUCAGCCUCACAGGGUCGUUAACAAUGAAGAAAGAUGUUCCAGGACACAGCAGCUCCUCUUGUGGACACUUGAGGAACUGCUUCUUCAAUGUUUUAGGAUGUUUAUUUGGUAAAAAGUGAAAUCGCUGAAAGUGUUUUCGUCUUUGUCGUGACGUUGACAGAUUGACCCCGAAGAUUGGCUUCCCCUGGAGUGAGAUAAGAAACAUUUCCUUCAACGAUAAGAAGUUCAUCAUCAAGCCCAUCGAUAAGAAGUCUCCGGUGAGUAAUGAUUCUUCAGCUCCGCGUCACUCUGUGAUGGUGGAAAAACUCCCAUUAUCUUCUUCAGAUGAAUUAAAGCUACCAAGGAACAUGAAGUUUCAGGGCGUCUCUUCUUCUACCUGCUGGUUUCAUGUUUCUGUGCAGCUCAGAGGAGAACCAUUAGACAUCCUCUCAGAGGGAUCUAGCACACAGGGUAUCUUUGCAGGGUUUGCUGUUUCUGGUGUAAUCUCUCUGAAAGUAUAGCUUAUCUGUGCAGGCCAGGCUGUUUCACCUUUCACUAUAAGUGAUGCGGUCUUUACAGGGCUGUGGUCUGAGCAGUAAUCUGAAUGGAAAGUCUCCUGCACCUGCUCGGAGCCUCUGCUGGUGUCUUUGUUCUUUAUCAGCAGGAGCACAAAGGACAGACAGACGACCCCGGCCUUCAUUCAGCUCCUGGUCUCUCUAACUCUUCAUUUCUCUUUCCUCUGAAAUCUGCAGGACUUUGUCUUUUACGCACCGAGACUGCGCAUCAACAAGCGCAUCCUGCAGCUGUGCAUGGGCAACCACGAGCUGUACAUGCGGCGCCGCAAGCCGGACACGAUCGAGGUGCAGCAGAUGAAGGCCCAGGCCCGGGAGGAGAAGCAGCAGAAACAGCUGGAGAGGUAAGGCUGAAACCAUGACCGGAGAGAGAUAACUGAAAUGGUUGUUUUAUGGGGCUAAAGAGGAACACGAGACAUGAGGACGGAGUGAGGAUACAGCACAUCGAUAAAUUAGUCUGUAAACGAUAAAGAGACGCUUAAAAUCAUUAGAUUCCCACAUUUCCUUGUUUUUGUCGGUGAACCAGCAGACCUUUAAGAAGUCUGGAUCCGCUGUAGUUUAGAGGAAGUAGAUCCGACCUUCAGAUCAUUUCCUCUGACCUUGUUUCCUUCAUCAUCACCAUCCUAACAAACAGCAGCUCAGCCUGUAAAGUGAAACCUCCGUUCAGCAGGAGUUAUUACAGCGCUCCUCCUCCUCCAGUAUGUGAAAGCUGCUUCCUGUAUUGGCUGAAUCAAAGUGAAUGGAUGGCGGUGGCGGAGGCCUGGUCUCGGCUCCAGCUGCCAGCGCUCUGUCUGCUCUGGACAGCUGUACAAACACAGUGAUGUAACAGCGAGCAGACAGGACGGUGAAAAGCAGCGGGAGAGCCUUCAGAUCAUCGGGCCUCAGCGGUCAGAGUGUGAGGGUUCGAACACACAGAAGCUCAAAUAGAGAGAGAGGCUGAAGGUCAAACUCGGAUGAGACCCUCCGGAGUUCAGAGCGGACUUUAGUAAACCCUGAAGGGGAAAACGGGAUGUUUGCUUUAAACUCUUUCACUAUUUAACGAUAAAUAAACGAUUAUUUUAAUGAAGUGUACGCUCGGUAUCAGAGCAAACACAGCCGACUGAUCUCUGAGCUCAGAACGGAAUAAUUAAUGCUCUUCUAAAGAGACAAACAACCAAAGAAGAACGUGUUACUGCUCUGAAAUAUUCAGUUUGUUUUUCUAAGUUAUCACAGAGUGUGUGUGGGCUCCUGACUGCUGUUUGUCAGCGGGUAUCGAACCCGGUCAGCCUGCUCCGUUGGCUCACGGCGGCGUGUCUUAUCUGCAGGGCCCAUCUGGAGAACGAGAAGAAGAAGAGGGAGGCCAUCGAGAGGGAGAAGGAGCAGAUGGAGCGGGAGAAGCAGGACCUGAUGAUGAGGCUCUUACACUUCGAGGAGAAGACCAAGAAGGCGGAGAAAGGUGAGGAGAGGGGAGGGGCCUGUGAAAAUCCACAAAGUCCAUGCAGGCAGGUGAGAGCGGAGCAAAGAGGCUGGGUUUGUUUUGUCAACACUCUGGAGGAGAAACUGUGAAAUGAGUGUUUUUUACACGACGAAGCUCAGUAAACAGAACCGAGGAGAGUCUUUUAGGUGAUUCAAGAAAAUUCUAGUUUGAGCUGUUUCUGAUCAUCUACGGUCAAAACAAGAGAGAAAAUAAAGUUUCUCUGAAGUUUGACCUUAAAAAUCUUUAUUUUAUGGAGCAGUGAUACUGAUGGGAUCAUAACACGACUGUUGGAGCUUCUUUUUAGAAAUAAUACAAACAUGUAAAGAAAGAAAACCUUUAAAAUCAUUACAGGACAAAAUUAAGAACCAAUAUAAGACUGAAAAGGUUUCUUAAAAAACUUUAUUCAUCUCCUCUGUUGAAACUCUGUCAUGUCGAUGGGUCAGCAGGAUCAGACCUUCAGAAAGAAGUCCUACUUUUAUCAGAUUCAUUAUAAAGGUGAAGAAACUCGGUAUGAGGCAGGGUCACGAUGAAGACUCAGAGUUUUAGGAGUCUGAUCCCCGCCUGCAGACCGUCUGGAUCUCCUCUGGACUUCAGCAGAGACAGAGAGGUUUUCAGUCAGCAGAGCUCCUGUGGUUUUAUCCUGUUGGCUGAUCACAUUGUUUGGAUAUGUCAGUUUAAAAUUAGCUGUUAGCUGCUCCUAGCUGGAGGAUUACUCUCCGUUUAAGCACUUGAUCCGGUCCUCUUUGACACGUUAAGUACAACCAGAUCCUGAUUGGAGCAGACCCCGUCAAACUCUCAUUUAUUUAACUCUAAAAUGUCCAGUGCUGGUGUCUCAGAACAGAGUCAGCAUACUCAAACUGAUCCAUGAACCCGGGUUCUGUUCGCGCUGCUUUUCUGUUUCCUGUAAAUAUACUCGUCCAUGGUCUCUUACAUCUUCUCUCUCUGCCAUCUUCAUGUCAGACCUGCAGGAGCAGCUCCAGAGGGCCAUGCUGCUGGAUCACGAGCGGAGGAAAGCCGAGGAGGAGGCGGCUCGUCUGGAGGGGGAGCGUCAGGCGGCCCUGCUGGCCAAAGAGGAGCUCGCUCGCCAGGCUGAGGACCAGAAGAAGAGUCAGGAGCAGCUGGUCAGUAGUUCAGACACUGAGGUGUUGUUCUGGCACCUUAAACCAGGUUUUGCUUGUUGUAUUUACUUUAGAAGAAACCAUCUCCAGGCUCUUUCAGCAGGUUCUGUUCGGUUCUGUAGUUCAAAGUACAGAACAGUCUGAAUACUGCAGCUCCACACAAACCCGCUCUGUGUCCGACUGGACAACACCCCACAGCUGCAGAGUAUCUGAGCAGAUCCACUCAUGUGUGGAUGAGCGAGCUGCUCCCUCUUCCACACGAGAGGAAACCUGUGUUUACCACACUCAGCUGCCAACACCUGCUGUGACACCCUGCAGCCCUAAACCCCAUUAAGAGGCUUGUACAGCAGAUUAAGUCACAUCGAGUGUCUGUGACUGAAAAAGACAUGCAGGUCCGCUCAGACGUGUCCACCUUCUGAAGAUGUUUCUCCAGAGGAACACUUCACACACCGCGGGUUCAGUGUUCCUCUGCAGGUUAGCUCAGUGAGCAGCUGCAGCAGGUGUAGAGUUAAACUCUGAGCUUCUGCGCUGAAAGACAAGCGGUUCACAUUGUUCUGAUGUUCGAAGGAAUGCACCACAACACCCACAGAGUCCGGUUUCAUCAGGAGGCUCCACUCAAAGCUCCUUUCAUACCUGGAGGUUUCUGUGCUCACUUUAGUCCAGGUUUCAGAGCUCUCAGGUUCAUUAAAUCAUGAAGGACUACAUUUUAAAUAAAUGUUUUUAUUUUCACAAAUUACACCAACCCUCCACAGAUGGUUGUUUUUAGGAUUUUCAGCUCAUCCAAGAGAUGUUCUCUGCGGCUCUCUUCCUCCUACGUGAAGCUUUCAGGUCGAGUUUCUGUCUGUCUUUAACAUUUGGGAGGUUUUUUAAUUUUUCUCCUCCUGUAAUCAAUACAGUCCCUGUUUUAUAAGCUGAGUGUUUAAUACUUUUGGAGUUUGGAGGCUAAUGCAGCUUCUUUACAUCCUGAGUUGCCUUUCAGUCAUUUAAAAAAAAAAUGUCGUGAUUUCAGCAGAUUUAUCAAACCAAGAGGGUCUGAUAGUUUUAGAUUAUCAGCAUAUUUAUAACGUCUGAUUCUGUCAGUGUUUUUAACAGGAGCAGAAAUAUCUGCUCUUCUCUAAAACAAACAGACUGAGUCAUGAAAACUGACGAAAACACGGCAGAGUUUAAAUCAACACAAAAUAAACGAAUAAAAAAGAGGAUGAGCUGCAGACCUGAUGAGACGUUUCAAAGGCUCUUUCAGCCGUCAUGUCUGACUCUCACUGUCUAAAAACACUUAAACUUUUUAACUCUAAAGCCGUCUGUUUGUUCACAUAUAUUUGUUGUUUAAGGAGCGUAAAAGAUUGAGUCGCCGUUUUUGUCUUCACUGUGUUUGAUCACGUUAAAUAACUCAGACGUUUUCUUCUAUUUGAUUUGUUCAUUCAGGCCGCAGAACUCUCAGAAUUCACCGCCAAGAUCACUCAGCUGGAGGAGGCCAAGAGGAUGAAGGAGGCUGAGGCGGACUCAUGGCAGAUGAGGGUGAGAACUUGAACCUGCAGAUCGAAGCUCUCUGACGUUUCUGUCUCCAAAGAUGAAUUUACUCGUAGAUUCGCUGACCUUUCGUUCCUCUGUUUCCGUCAGGCUAAGGAAGCCCAGGAUGAUCUGACUAAGACCAAGGAGGAGCUGCACAUGGUGAUGACGACACCCCCACCACCUCCCCCUCCUCCAGCGUACGACAACAUGGACGACAACAGCGACAGCGAGGAGAACACCAGCACGCACAGCGCUGACUUACAGAUGGAGGGCAUCAACGACCACCGCAACGAGGAGGACCGUCUCACCGAGGCCGAGAAGAACGAGCGCGUGCAGAAACAGCUGAAGGUGAGGACUUUAGAGAGUAAUGAUAAUAAUAAACUUUGUAUGUACAGCACCUUUCUAGAACAGUUGUCACAAAGUGCUUCACAGUCAUCAAAUUAAAAACGGUGAAUCAACAGGACAUAAAAAUCAACAAAAAGGACACGAGUAGCCAAAGUCCUGGUUAUACAAAGGCGAGCGCAAACAAACAGGUUUUCAACUGUUUUUUGAAAGUGUCCAUGGUCCUCAGUUCUCGAGGGAGAGAGUUCCAAAGUGUUGGAGCGAAAAACUCAAAUACUCGAAUGUCUCCUUUAGUUCAUAGUCUGGUCUGGGGGACAACCAGCAGACCCUGAUCAGAGGAUCUUAGAGUCCUGCUGGAGCUGUAAGCUGAUAUAUGCUGGAGCUUGUCCAUGCAAAGCUCUGAAAACAAGAACAAGUCAUUUAAAUUGAUUCUGAAUUGAAUGUGGAGCCAGAGUAAAGAUCUGAGGACGGGUGUGACGUGGAACCGUUUGGGUGAUCUUGUCAGGAGCUUCGCUGCAGCAUUUUCAAACACUUGCAGGCGGUUUAAAGGAAGAGGUACAAGAUGAGACAAAGACAUGAACAAUCAUCUCAAGCUCAUUCCUACACACUGUGGGUCUGAGCGAACCAGACUGAUUACGUGCUGCUCCAGACUUUGGGCCUGACCCAGGUUUGGGAGGUUUGAAGGUUUUACAGCCGAGGAUAAGACAUCAAGACUUUUCCUCACAUUUGGCCCAGCAUGCUCGGGUGCUAUGAUAAGAAGUCAGCUGGUCAUCCUGCACACAUGACAGAUGACAGGUCUGGUAGCUGAUGUUUAAUCACAGUAGAAACUCUUUAAAUGCAGAGACAGUCUCCAGAGUGACACCAAGAUGGCCAAUCAGAUUUCAGAGGUUCUGGAUCUGCCCUCUGGACCCCUCCAGCUCACCGUGGGUGUCACUUAAGCUGCCGACAGAGGCCCACUCGUCUGCACUUUGGUCAAACAUAUGUUAAGACAUUCAUAAUGAAUCACUGCAGAGUUAUUCAGGUCUGUGAAUGGUUGACCUGGUGCAGCAGUCGACUCAGAUGUUCCUGAUCCGGUUCUGAAGUCAUGACGGCUCCCCAAUGAUGCACAGACCGUGUCUCAACAUGUUGAAUAACCUGAUCAGGAGUUCUUCUGCUGCUGUUGACGUAACCUGACUCUCCUAACGUGAUAUCUGUGAUAAUGGCGGCAGAGUGAUGACACGCAAACAUCAGAGCAGCUCCUGACAGCUCAGCUCAAACGUCUUUGCUCUAUUUACGGUCGUACAGCUCAGCUCUCUUCACAUAAACCCAAAAUAAACAGGCAGAGGCAGCAGGGUUUAUUCAAACCGACCUGAACAGGUUCGAUGAGAUGCACCCUCAUUUCUCGGUCUCACACCCUCGCUCGAAGGCAUUUACUGGUUUACUCACUCUGGGAUCGGCUGCUUUUCCUGUUUGGGACAGAGAUGAGUGAGGAUGUGACAGAUUUUAGACCAGAGCUGUAGUAUCUGUGGUAUUUCUGGAGGUUUACUGUAACAUCUCCUCUCCUCCCCUCAGGCUUUGACCUCAGAGCUGGCUCUGGCACGUGACGAGUCCAAGAACACCCCCAUGGACUUCCUCCACAGCGACAACGUCCGACAGGGCCGAGACAAGUACAAGACCCUGCGACAGAUCCGGCAGGGCAACACCAAGCAGAGGAUCGAUGAGUUUGAGAGCUUAUAAGCAGCCUUCAGCCCACCUCCCUUUCUGAAUGGUCCUUAAAUCUCCCCCCUCUCCCCCCCAAACACACAAACUCAUGUCAAACACGCCGGUCGCACAUCAAACUGGAGCAGUAUAAGCACAGCAAAAAGCAUGGCUCACGGAGAGACGGUGUGCAGAUCCGGCUGAAGAAAACUUAGUGCCAAAACUUUCCUCUUUUAGUGUUUCAGAUCCUGUUUGUGUUUUUGAAUGUGUCUUAAUUCGAUCAGACCAAAUCCUGAUUUUUCGUAGAGGUGUGAUGAAGUAGCGGGACUAGCCAAAUUGUAUUUUUACUUCAUACCGUGCGCAGAGAUGUAAUCGAAGCUCGUGGAUAGUUGUUUGUGGAGAGAAAGGGGAAAACAGUGUAAACAGGAUCAUAUGUUUGUUUUCCAGUAUAUUUGUUUAAUACUGCUCCACAGUAGUUUAAAAUCAUGCCUAGUUUGAUAUUUAUACUGUAUAUGGGACAUUAAAAAGGGUAUUUCAUCUUGGUUUGUAUAUUUUUGCUAUUAUCUCCUUCUGAGAAUGAAAAGAUUUAAUAUGUUCAAAGGUUUUAUAUAUUGACCAAAAUAACAGGAGUCCUUUGUUCCAUGACAUUUUACUCUAGAUCACUAAAUUAAAGAGAUGUAACUGUAAAUUAUUGUUUUUUUUUUUAUUUGUUUUUUUUUUAACCAAUAUCAGAGGAGGAGUCGGCUCACCCUUUUCGGUACUUCUGAGUAGUUUUUCUUCUUGCAGUGCGGUUCAUGGUAUGCUGAGGAUUUCCUUCAGAGCACUGUGUUGACUGGGACACUUCAGUUACAUGUAUUUUAUUUCUCUGUUCUGCGUCGGGUCCGGCUUUGUCAAAGACCAGCAUUCUGUGCUGCUACCCUCCCAAGUGGCCUUCCUCUCUGCAGGCUCAGUCCCAGAUAGUCGGUCUGGACGUCACUUUGAAAAGCUCUCGCUCUUUACGGUGUUAGACCUCCACUGAGGGGAGAACCAGGACUGAGGAGAAGUCCAUGAAAGGGUUCCUUAGUUUCAGCUGGGUCACAGCAGGACUCAGACUCAGGACGGCACCGACGUCUCUCUCUCCUCUCUCUGUGGACCUGAAGUAGCGACACUAUGAUGGAAAAACUCAGAGCUACACUUGCUUUUGUAUAUGAGCAGGAUUUUAUAAUGAGGUGUUACACAUAUUGGCAAUAAAGAAAAUCUAUGAUUAUACAUCAGCGUGUUUUUAAUUAUUAUUUCAUAGACUCAAUAUGUGCUAGAGGGAAACUCCUAAUACAUAAUAAUAGUUAAUAAAGCACUUUUAAGACCUUAAAUGUGAUUAUAAACACUUAUAAUCAUUAAUAAAAGCAAAAUUAAUGUUUAUUAUUGUUUAUAAGACACUUACAGACUAUCUUUAUAAACCUGUAUGUAUUAUGUUUACAGCCAACAACACGUCUUUGUCACUUCAAGCAAAAAGUGUAUAACUACCACGUUCCAAGUGUCUUAUGAGCGAUAAUAAUAAAUGUGUUUAUUAUGUUUUAAUAACACUUAUAUGUGUUUAAUAGGAACCUUCACUGUUUAUUAAUGCUCAUUACAAGAACCUUAAUAUAAAGUGUUUCCCUUUUAUUUACUUUUAUUUUGAAUGUUCAUGUUCCUCAGGGAGAAAAUCUUGUAAAGGUGAUCGGUGAUCUCUUCAUCCUCUGAAAUACAAAGACUGACUGAAUGAGUGAACUUCACAACAAACGACGUUUUAGAGUUUAAAUCCAAAAGUUCAAAAGUUUCAUGUUUUUUGCAAACCGCUUCAUAAUCAUUGUUUGCUCCUGACGAUCACUCGCAGUGAUUACAGCCAGAAAAAAUACCAAGAGCUAAAAUGUUCAACAUGAAGAAAAAAACUCAUGAUUUCAUCUCCUAUUUUAGUGGUUUUAGAUUCAGGACAAGAGAAAUAAGUCACUCACCUGCUUCAACGUACAGGUGACCUUCAAUCAAGUCCAGUUUAUACUUCCACAGGUUAACCAGCUUGUAGCAUCACCACUGAGUCCACCAAACCUGGAGAUGGAAACACAUGACGGUGGAGGAUCUGAGAAAAAAAGGUUUAAAUCAGUCAGAGCAGAAUCGAACAUUUAGGACCCAUUAUUUUCACUCCAGAAAUCACAGAUGGACAUCCAAAACCUUUAACCUUCAUCACUUCCCAUCUGAGGAGGCUGACGUCAGGACACUUGUCGUACAUCCAGCCCUGGUUUCCAUGGUGACCACGGAGAAGACCAGGUCAAAAGAGAAAUCCAGGUCAGUGACAUCACCGUCUCCUUUCACAGCGAUGUUACUUUUCCUUUUUUUUUAACCCUCUUCUUCUUUUUUUUCUUCCCGGCACAAUGAAACCAGAGACUGAGCGUGACUUUCACACGCUGCUCACUCAGAGACUAGAAAGACUUCAUUGUGGAGGAGAUGAGGAAACGCUGGAGAGUCUGGCAGCCUCAGCAGCUCAUUCUGAAACUCCUCAAACCACUUCCUGUGACUGCCGGGUGUGUCUCCAGAUUUCAUUUCACAGAAACAUCGGCCCGACGUCUUUCCCAGUCUUCACAUCUGCACGGAUGUUCAGCUGCAUGUGACCGGACACGCCUACGAGAAACACUGACCAUACAAAACUGAGAAAUACCAGAAAUGUUCAGUCAGCGAAAACAAAAAGAGAGAAACUACAGAUGUAAACUAAAAGAUAAGGUCUGGACCAUCUCCCUCUAUAAACCUAACAUCAGUCUGGUUCUGCUCGAGGUUUCUGCCUGUUCUUCCUCUCCUCUGUAACCUGAUAGAUGCUGUAAAGUGUGGAAGAUCUAAAUAUUGGAGGGGGUCUGAUCUUUGAGGAUGGGGGCUCACUCUG